AUGAACAACCCGAAUCUGCUUCGCGAGGUGCGCUUGUGGGAGAACAAUUCGGAGAGGGAACAAGUCGAGAAUAUGGGCGAGCUGUUUGCUGUGUUGAAUGCGUUAGAAUGCCUCGAGAAAAUGUUCGUCAAGGAUUUCGUCACCGCUGAUGAGUACAAAACGGAAUGCUUCAAACUGUUGGAUCAAUACAAAGUGGCGAUGCGACUCGUUGGCGGUGCGGAUGUGGUGACUUUUGCGAACAAAUAUCGUCUACAAGUGCCAGCCGCGUUGGAAAGGAUUCGCGAGGGACGACCGGUUGUUGUAAAAGAUGAUAAGGGGAAUUUGCUGAAGAAUGUCGCGAGUAUCGUCGAAGUGUUUAUCACCGUUUUCGAUCAUUUAAAGUUGGAUCAACGGGCUGUUGACGAGCUAUUCCCGUCGUUGAACGAUCUCUACACGAUGAUUUGUGCGGUCAGUCGUUUACCCGAUGACUUCGAUGCGAAGUUGAAGGUGAAAAAGUGGCAUGACGAGUUGUCGAAGAAAGCGGCAGCGGAUCAAUUGAGCGAAGAUGACGCAAGGCAAAUGCUUUUUGAAUUAGAAGGAGCCUAUUCGUCGUUUUUGAACUUUUUGCAUAGUCAACAAGGA